AUGUUUGCCUCCAGAAUCCAGACCCGCGCCUUCUCGGUGUCGGCCCGCCAGCUCUCCAAGGUUACCGUCCUCGGUGCCGCCGGUGGCAUUGGCCAGCCCCUCUCUCUUCUCCUGAAGCAGAACCCCAGAGUCACUGAGCUCGCCCUCUACGAUAUCCGUGGCGCCCCUGGCGUUGCUGCUGAUGGCGCCCACGGCAACACCAAGGCCACCGGCAAGGGCGACGAGGCCACCCCCAGCGGCCGCGCCAGCACCCGCAAGGGCGCCGAGGUCGUCCUCAUCCCCGCCGGUGUUCCCCGCAAGCCCGGCAUGACCCGUGAUGAUCUCUUCAACACCAACGCCUCCAUCGUCCGCGACCUCGCCAAGGCCUGCGCCGAGUCCUGCCCCGAGGCCAACAUCCUCAUCAUCUCCAACCCCGUCAACUCCACCGUCCCCAUCUGCGCCGAGGUCUUCAAGUCCAAGGGUGUGUACAACCCCAAGCGCCUCUUCGGUGUCACAACCCUUGACGUCGUCCGUGCCUCCCGCUUCGUUUCCGAGAAGAAGGGCACCGACCCCAAGGAUGAGAACAUCACCGUUGUCGGUGGCCACUCCGGUGUGACCAUCGUCCCCCUCUUCUCCCAGUCCAACCACCCCGACCUCUCCUCCGACGCCGAGCUCGUCAAGCGUGUCCAGUUCGGUGGUGAUGAGGUUGUCAAGGCCAAGGAUGGUGCCGGUUCCGCCACCCUCUCCAUGGCCAUGGCCGGUGCCCGCAUGGCCGACUCCGUCCUCCGCGCUGCUCAGGGCGAGAAGGGCGUCAUUGAGCCCACCUUCGUCGACAGCCCCCUCUACAAGGACCAGGGCAUCGACUUCUUCAGCUCCAAGGUUGAGCUCGGCCCCAACGGUGUUGAGAAGAUCCUCCCCGUCGGCAAGGUUGACGCCAUCGAGGAGGGUCUCCUCCAGGCCUGCUUCGCUGACCUCAAGAAGAACAUCGAGAAGGGUGUUGCCUUCGUGGCCUCCAACCCCGGCAAAUAA